UAUAUGAAUUUCUAUGUUCAUAAAGCUAUAUAUUAAAAAAUCUUCCCCCGAACAAAGUAACCAACUUAUAUAAUUAGAUUCCUUGAUGCCAUUAAUGAAUGGCUUCUAAGGUUGUUCAUCACUUGCACCAGCAUAUGGUUGGUCCAAAAACACUUCCCACCGGCAACGGCAACGUCACCGCUAUCUGACUCGGUGGACAGUCACUCACCGGAAUACUGCCCUCCAAUCUCAAACUCCUCUACUUCCUCAGCCUCCGCAACAACUUCAACCUUGCACCAUGGACCUUCCCCACCAUUCUCACUAACAUGUACUCCACCUUACCAGAUAUAUUCACUUCCUUCCCCAGAUUGCGAGAAAUCCCCAACUCUUUAGCACAAACUGGAAUGGAGAUUUUAGCCCUUGGCAACCAGAAAUCAGGCUUCUCAGGCUCCAUAACAAUUUCACAGGUCACCUUCCUCAUCCUCACCUAACUAAUUUCCAGUAUUUGACUGAAUUGAGGCUUGAGAACGAUUUCUUAACUGGUACGGUUCCAUCUUCUUUCGCGGCUCUACCCAGAUUGAACCAACUUUCUUUGGAGAACAACUUGCUGUUUGGAAAGAAUGUGAACUUCACUUUCCAACCAACCAACAGGUUGUGUCCACGAUCUGAUGGUGGAGAUGGUGUUGCUAGACAUUACACAAGCAUUUGGGAGUCCAAUUCAGUUGGCCAGUUCAUGGAGAUGGAACAACACUGAUUGCCAACAAGGGAACGUUGUUGUUGCUGUGAAUUUGUCAAGGCAAAGUUUAACGGGGUUGAUCCCUCUUUCAUUUUCUAAUUUAAGAGAUUUGAAGAACUUGAAUUUAAGUGGAAAUAAUUUGAGGGAUUCAAUACCUAAGAGCUUGAAAACAUUGCUUCGUCUUGAGUCUUUGGAUUUGUCUUAUAACAACCUAUCUGGAGAGGUUUCUAUAUUUCCACCAAAACUGAAGCUGAAUAUCACCAUUUCCUUGGAGGAUAGCAGGUGCAUUAGCAAUGGCGACAUGUAUUAGAUUUGUAAUAAUUAUUGUGAUUAUUUAUAAUCGAAAAAGGUUUCUUAAUUUAAUAAGAAAAGUUUACUCCAAGAAAGUAAGAACCUUUUUCAAUCACAAUGGCCAGGAGGAUUUCAUGAAAAAAUUUAGUUUUUUUGGCACUAAAGCACUUCAGCUAUUCAAAAAUUAAAAAAAUUGACUAAGUCAUUCCAACAUAAAUUAGGGCAAGGAGGAUUUGGAACCGUGUACAAAGGAACCUUAUAUGAUGGUCGUCUUGUUGAAUCAAAGGGUACUGAAGAAGAAUUCAUGAAUCAAGUUGUUAUUAGCAUCAGUAGAACAUCACAUGUAACAAUAUACUUUUACUUUUGGAAUUUUGUUACCAAAAAAAAUAAAAGGCACUUGUGUUUGAAUUUAUGUCAGCUGGUUCACUAGAUAAGUUUAUUAAUAGAAAUGGAUUUCCAAAUACCAA